UCGCGAGUGCUGCGUGCCGCUGUUGCAUCGAGAGCGGCGCGAUCUCGUCGUAGGGCGCGUUACUCGCGCGGGCUCCCCCGCGUACUCCCGCCCGACUCGAGGACAAUAACGGAGCCGGACUAGCCGGAGCCGCUGCCGCCGCCUCCGGUCUCCGCCACCGCUGCUGCUGCCGCUGCCGCGUGCAUCCCGCCCCCGAUCCGCGCGGCUCCAUUAUCCCGGCGACACCGUCGCCGCGCCGAGGCGCCGCCGAGGGAACCGUCUCGCGGGUCUCGCAUCUCUCAAGCGGCGGACCGGUCCUUCCCCGCCCUUCUCCCGCUGCCUCUCCCUCCCCUGCCGUCGGCGACCCGGCGAAGCUAGGCUUGCCGCGAGACGACAGCAAACACGGCGUGGACGCACCGGACGGACACGAGAGUCAUGUCGUCAGGAGCAGGCUCUAGCGGAACUGGACGAGGACGUGGUUCCUCCUUGGCAGACAAUAAACCAGACAGUAAAGAAGCUAAGCCAAAUCCAAAGAUGUCGAAAGCUUUAGGAACGUCCGCUAAGAGGAUACAAAAGGAAUUGGCAGAAAUUACGUUAGACCCACCUCCUAAUUGCAGUGCAGGACCGAAAGGUGAUAACUUGUAUGAAUGGGUUUCUACCAUAUUGGGUCCUCCAGGUUCGGUUUACGAGGGUGGUGUGUUCUUUCUUGAUAUACAUUUCUCGCCAGAAUAUCCCUUUAAACCUCCUAAGGUAGGUUGAUUUGAUGGUUUCAUUGAUUUUAUA